CAAUGCGCCCAGAUGUGCGUGGUUUACUAUCGAAUGUUUUGAGUGUUAUUUUUCGUUUUGAGUUUGUUGUUGUUCAUCUUAGGUUAAAAAGGGGCCGGUCUCUUUUAGUGUCGUUUGUGAAUAUCAUAUAGUCUGGUGGCAGUGCGAAAUUGAAAACAAAAACGGAACAAAAUACCUACCACAGAAAACGUGCUCACUUCAUAAAUAUGUUCGUAUCACUGCCGGAGUGAAAAGGAUUGUUAAAAAUUGUUACUUUAUUGGGAGGGCAACGGUAGCGGAAAGAUAACACGAUAAACAAAUAUAACUUUCACUAUGCCUGUUGAGAAACGGCCUUCGACAUGUGACGAAGAAGAAGAAUUUCGUCAGCUUGCGCCAAAUCAAAACUUGCAACUGUUCAACCCUUCCCUGACAACCGGAUCCGGGAAGCAUAAAAAUGUAGAACAGGGACUUUCCGCAGACAUUCACGGGUCCAUGACGGACAUUGUUCGUCUGGCCAAUCGCCGUAGUAAUCGAAUGCAGUUGACAAUGAGUAUUUUGGCCAAUUUAACUGUUCUCUCUUCCGGCAUGGGAUUGGGAUACUCGGCAAUAACGUUACAUUCCCUCACCAAGGCCGGUGACCCAAUGAGCCUUGGGCCCGAACAGGCCUCUUGGUUUGUUUCCGUUAAUUCGUUCGCCUGCCCAUUCGGUGGGUUGCUUUCCGGUGUGCUGUUGGACCGGAUCGGGCGCAAAAAGACGCUGGUCUUCAUUAAUGUGUUGUCCAUCGUGUCUUGGACCCUGAUGGCGGUUGCCAGCCGGAGCAACUUCGAGCUGAUGUAUACCCAGAUAAUGAUUGCGCGGGUGAUUAUCGGACUGGUCAUCGGUUUGGUGAGCGCUCCAGCCGCAAUCUACUCGGCGGAAAUAGCACUUCCCCAUCUGAGAGGCCGUCUCACUAUCCUAACAUCGCUGGCCAUCGCCGUUGGUAUCCUGAUCAUCUACACCUUUGGGUACUUCAUUCCGGAGAACUUCCGACUGGUGGCCGGUUUGGCGGCCGGAUGUUGUGUGCUUUCGCUAGCUUUGCUGAUACCGAUGCCCGAAUCUCCCGUAUGGUUGAUGUCCAAGGAACGGGAGCCUGAAGCGGAACGUUCUUUGAAGCGGAUUCGAGGCUAUGGGACCACUAGGAAGGUGAUACCGGAAAUUGAGCACGAACUGAAACGGUUGAAAGAUAGGAUCACUUUGCAAAAAAUGGCAGGAAAAGAGCGACUGUGGGAUAUGAUACGGCAGCCACAGGUUUACAAACCGUUAGGGGUGAUUAUCGGAUUUUUCGGAUUUCAACAGUUUUCCGGAAUAUUCGUGGUAGUGGUUUAUGCCGCUAAGGUUUCCUCGGAGGCUGGCGUCAUGAUUGAUCCGUUUCUCUGUACGGUAUUGAUCGGGGUGACUCGAGUCGUGGCAACAGUUCUGGUGGCUUACAUUUUGGACAGCUUGGGCAGGAAGCCGCCAUCGAUAUUCUCCGGAUGUGGGAUGACAAUUUGCAUGUUUGGGAUUGCCGGUUGCAUUUAUUUCCCUCUGCCGGAAGAGUUGUCGUGGGUUCCGACCUUCUUGAUCAUCACCUACAUUUUUACGAGUACUUUGGGAUUUCUCACGAUGCCUUUCUCGAUGAUGGCCGAACUGUUUCCGCUGAAAGUGCGAGGACCUGCUUCGGGGAUUUCAGUGUUCUUUACCUACGUUAUGUCCUUUAUAAUCAUCAAACUGUACCCAACUAUGGUAGCAGGGAUGCAAAGUGCCAAUGUGUUCAUCUUUUAUGGAGUCAUUUCACUGUUGGGGGUGAUCUUCGUGUGCCUUUUCGUUCCUGAAACCAAGGGUAAAUCUCUCGAAGAAAUCGAAGCCCAUUUCAGAGGUAAACAGGAAAACAAACGACCGAAUUCCGACGAGGAGGAUAGCAUCGAAUUGUCAUCAUCUUCUGCAACGUGAUAUCGACUUCGCACCCAAAACAACUCGUUUGACCGUACUUAAAAGAUCAUUUGUUUUAAUUAAUCAAAAUGAGUUGAGCCGAGCAAUAUUAGUAAGCGGCGAGCAGCUAGCGCAAAAUUUAACUAUUAAUAUAAGUUCGCGCUCUUAAAACCCGCUCAAGCUCGUAAAACUGUGCAAAUAACCUGGAGCUGGUUUGCCUCCGAACUCUCUGAUGGUCUGCGUCCAGCAUGCGGUUCAAUUGAAACCGGCAUCGGGUCCAGUGAACAGUUUUGAAUACAAAAUCAUUUAGAGACGGCGAUUUUUUUUUCUCGCUGCUUCAUAAAAGAGAAACUCAAUUAAGGUCGGUCAGCAAAAUUGAUCCAACCAGUCUCAUCAAUAAGCGCGUCAACUUCGUCGUCGUCAUGAACAGUAAUGCAGAAAAUAAUUAUUAAUUCUAUAGGAGAUAAAUCAGUUAUUAAGAUAUCUGCUCGUUGACAGAAAUUGGUUGAGCGAUAAUGUGUCGAUAGAAUAUGUUAACGAAUAAUUUAAAAUAGCCGUUGAACUCUUUAGAUUAGGGUGUAAGGACUUCAAAUUGAGGAGUUUGAAAUUCUCUAAGUUGUGAGUUAUUUUUUUAAAACAACUUAUCUAUCAAAUAAAUUCUAAAAAAAGAUUCAAGCAUGCAUGAUAUUUCAAAUUUUUCAUUCUUUUCGCUUCUAAAGUUCAUGAUUACCCGACAAAUAUUUGGUUAAGUUGCAAAAGGUAAGAUUAGUUAGAUUUUUUAAAAUAAAAACAAUUUUUAGUUAUGU